CGUAUUGCGGCUUGCUGCCCUCUGAUUUCACUGAGGCCAGCAGACGAACACGUAGGCACACGCAGUGCUCCUCCCGCCAAUCUAAACAACCGCUAAUCUUAUCUGGGAACUGUCCAUUACCACCACAGAUUUCUAUGCAUUUCCUCCUAAUAUUUGCGGAAUAUUCAUCCCUUCUGUCAUUUCACCUCUACAAAAUCUAACAAUGCUCCUACGUGGCAUCAUCUCCACUCCACUCCCGUCGCUCCACUUCAAAACAAAUCGAAGCUACACCGUUUCAGCUAAAAUCACCACCACCGCCAACAAAUUCUCCAUCUCCGACCAAGAACUCGAAUCCCGUGGCUUCAUUCUGCGCCGCACCAUCUCCGACCUCGACCUCGACCACUUAAACUCGGUGUUCGUUGCCGUCGGAUUCCCCAGGCGUGACCCAGAGAAAAUAAAACUGGCGUUAGAACACACCAACUCUCUGCUAUGGAUCGAGUACAAGGAGACACAGAAACCGGUGGCGUUUGCUAGAGCGACGGGUGACGAUGUGUUCAACGCAAUCGUUUGGGACGUAGUGGUUGACCCAUCCUUUCAAGGGAUUGGUUUAGGGAAGGCGGUGAUGGAGAGAUUGAUAGAAGAGCUGUUAGCAAAAGGGAUUUCUAAUAUAGCGCUGUAUUCUGAGCCCAGAGUCCUGGGGUUUUAUAGGCCAUUAGGAUUUGUAGCGGACCCAGAUGGGAUUCGCGGCAUGGUUUAUUCAAGAAAAAACAAAAACAAGAAUUCAUGAUUUUUUCCUUUCUUUAUACCCAAUUAAAUCUUAAUCAAAUAAAACAAGCUCAUGAAUGGCC